CGUCAGAAUAUUUAUACAGAAGUGAAGUUUGGGCGAACACAGCCGCGCACAUACAGACACAGCGGUAAGCAGCUGUAGCUUCAUUUAGGCUUAUUCAAACUUUCAGGCACUAUGGAGGUGUCCGGGGUGGCUCUGCGUGUCCUGUCCGUGUUUGUCGCUCUGUUCUCGGACAGGUUCGUGGCGCUGGCUGGCUUCUCUCAGUCGUUGGACAGCGACUUCACGUUCACUCUCCCCCCCGGUCGGAAGGAGUGUUUCUACCAGACUAUGAGGAAAGAUGCCUCCCUGGAGAUUGAAUAUCAGGUAUUAGAUGGUGCAGGUCUUGACGUAGACUUCACUAUCUCCUCUCCCUCUGGCCACGUGCUGUACAGCGACUACCGCAAGUCAGACGGCGUGCACACGGUUGAAACGGAGGACGGAGACUACAUGUUCUGCUUCGACAACUCGUUCAGCUCCGUCUCUGAGAAGCUCAUCUUCUUCGAGCUGAUCCUGGACAACAUGGACACAGACGAAGACCCCGACGACUGGAAGGAGUACGUCCACGGGACAGAUAUACUGGACAUGAAGCUGGAGGACAUCAUGGACGCCAUUAACAAUGUGAAGGCGCGUUUAGGGAAGAGCGUGCAGAUCCAGACGGUGCUGCGGGCUUUCGAGGCUCGCGACAGAAACCUGCAGGAGAGUAACUUCGACAGGGUGAACUUCUGGUCGGUGGUAAAUAUGGUCGCCAUGAUGUUGGUGUCGGCGGUUCAGAUCUACCUGGUCCGCUCGCUCUUUGAAGACAAGAGGAAAGUCCGCACAUAACACCACCCGACACGGAGGGACAGAGAGAGAGACUAACUCACCUGCACACAGGAACCUUUGGGGAAGUUUUUCUGCAUUUCUCAUUUCUCCUGACUUUUAAUUCAGGAAGUCAUCUACACACACACACACACACACACACACACACACACACACACACACACACACACACACACACACACACACACACACACACACACACACACACACUUAAACUGACAUCUGGAGUCCACACUGUUGUUGCUCUGAUCUUCAGCACACUGGAGUCAAAGGGACACUGUGAUCAGUCUGUGAUCAGGAACAGAAACUUAUAACUACUUUACAAACUCUGUCUCUUUGUCUCUCCUUCCUUCCUGUUUUUAUAGCCUUACUUGAGCUGCUGUAAUUCUUCCCAGAAAGUGACAAAACGAGCACGUUUAUGAUGCAACUAUUUUUCUAUUGGAGUCUAAAGUUAAGCAUUCAGCUGCCAAAAUGUCCUUUUUUCUAGGACAUGUUUUAUUUGAACUAGAUGAAGAAACGAUCCGCUGUCUGAAGAAUGGAUUUCUGCCAAACAGGAGUGGUGAACAAGUUUGUGUAGGUGUCUUUGUACUAAGCCUUUUUUUGUUUUUUGUCUGUCAGGGGCCUUUUGAAUAUUUCUCCUGUUGCCAUCUUGUGAUGUUUGUCAAUAGUACAGUUUUUCAGGUACAGACACUAACAUCAAAAUGACUCGAGUAAAUCUACGGGUCAAAUACCAUCAUUUUCUGCUCUGACAAAAUUCAAAUGUUUCUUCCUCUACAAAGUGUCCAAUUGUAGUCAAUGCGAGUCAAUAGAAGCGUUAAGUGUUUUCCUGCCAUACACCUUUCAUGUUAAGAUGAUUUAAAAAAGGUGAGAUUGCAACAUAAAGUGGCUUCAUGUUAAGAAUCAGGUUUUCUACAUAACUCUUAAGAGGAAACAGAGCGUUAUGAGAGGCCUCGAGACAAGCUGCUGCUAAGUUAGCUUAGCUUGAUGAAGUUUCUCAGCUGAAUAGUUUAAAGUGAACCGUACCAGGCCAUGCAACAGGUAGAGACCGGUUUUCAAAGUCUCAAUACUUUGAUUCUGUUCUGUUCCGUACCACGUUUUUUUUUUUUACAAACCAAUCUGUUGUUUUGAUUAUUAAUAGAAUCAAAAAGUACCAAAGUUUUAAAAAAUCUUCAGAUGUUUAGUCAUGUUUUUAGCCAUAAGCUGCCGUGAGGGAAAAAGAGGGAGAGCAGCAUCCAAAUUGCACAAUUAAGAUGGCAUGUUAGCAUGCAAUUAAGACAGUGUGCAGGAGUUUGCCAGCAGUCUUUGGUAAUUCAACCAAGAAAUUAAGCACAUUUGGUUGUCUAGGACUUCUAUUUUUGUUGCCGAGGUAGUGAUGUUAGAUUUUUACUAGAAUCAUAUUGAGGUUUAAUCAUUUGGAGUUUUGACAGCCCUGUAGUAAUCAUGUCCCGUCUGUACAGAGUUAGUAAAGUAGUUGUUAGAUAAUAACAUAUUUCUUUACAAAGCUAGAAUUGCAGAGGUGCUUGAGAUCUGCAAAUAUUUAAGUCUAGGUAUCAGAAUCUGUACCAGGAAGGAUAAAAAUCGUCCCACAACAUCUCUGGAAGAGUCAGACUUUUUUCAGGUAAUUAGGUUCAGCUGAGAUGGCUAAAGAUGCUGCUAACAAUGCUAACACUGCUCCUUGGCACUUAAAGUAGUAGAAGAAGAAACUGCUGCCCUCCUCUCCUGGUGGCCCAAAUGCCACCUAGCCAUGCCUCACGCCUGCUGGGUGAGGGUCAGAGGGUUGGAUGGUGGAGGGGGGGGGGUGUCCUCUUACAGCCACCUACUGUGUGAAGAUGUUCAGCUGCACGUCUCUCUGGUGACAGGAGUCUAUUUCUAUCCUCCUGACACCUGCAAGGUCAUUACCAAUACUGCACUGCACUCUUUCUUUUUGUUAAUUCUGCUUUAUUUGUUAAUUGUUUUUUUUAUUUUCAAACUAACAUGAUCAUUGCACUGCCUCUGACGCCACAGAACAACAUGUUUUCAUUUUCUCGGAGCAUCAUUUAAAGUAUUUUUACGAGGGUUUUCUACAUUCUGUCCCGUUGUGUGCGUGAAGUCAUUUUGUUGUAUUCAGACUCUACAGCGGCCUGGCUUCAUGUUUCUUUAUUAAUCCUGAGCACAGAUGAACCGGAUGGAGGCUCCAUGUUUACAUCUUCAGAGUUUUCCCUGCACUGUAAAACAAAGAUACAGCAAGUCUAAUCAAUAUGAAGAUUAUGGAGGCCCUAAAGGGACAAGGUCUACAAAAUAAAAAAAAAACAAGUUAAAAAAAUAAACGCAUCCUGUGUACAAGAGGACAUUUCUUGUGCUCUUGAGAAAGUUUUACAUGCUCUCAAAAUCAUUUUCUAAUACUCACAAGUUGUUUUUCUUGAACACUGAAGUGUUCUUGACCAAGUGCCAUGAGAGUUUCAACAUGUGCAAGUACACGUUUUAUGUGUUCACAGUGUUUUUUCAUGCACUUCAUCAGAACAUUUCUUGUGCUCUUGGUAAAGUUGUUUUGCCCUUGACAAAGUUUUAAAUGCUCAUGAGGUUUUUACAAGUUUUUCAUUUGCACAAGAACGUUUUACGUGUGCACCAGAAAGUCUUUACUGCGCAUGAGAACGUUUUUCGUGUCUGAGACGGUUUUACAUGUGUAACAGAGAAGUUUUUCGAGCACAUGAGAAAGUAUUGCAUGAGCACCUUAAAGUCUCUGAGAUACCUCUGGCUCACAGAGAUGGGAUAAGACCAUUCAACUCACCUCAUGAUAUAGAAUGGCAGAAACUUUCUGAUGCACAGGCAAAACUUUCUCAUGGUUACUAGAAAACUUUCAUUUUUUCCAGCCCAUGUCCCUGCAGGGUCUCCGUAGGAUACAACAGCUUAAUGUUGGACGUGCUAUAAAACCAAACUUUACGCAGUCUGUCUAAAAAAUGUCAUUUUUGUGUGUUUUUUGUUCCCUGCAGUUACAAUCAGGAUAUAUUUUUUAAAGUAUUUCUAAGUUACUGAGAAGGAAUUAGUUUCUGAUUUAACAGCCGCAGUUUUACAAAUCCUUUCUCCUCUCGUGAAGCAGCAUUGAGGACACAGGGAGUGUGACCUGUAUAAGAUAUUUAUAUGUCUAAUGUCCUGUAGUUAUGAAUGUGUAUAAAUUAAACAUUUCCUUACCUCUG